GCAGAAGAACACACACACACGACGGAGCACACUUCGCAGCCACCACGUCGCAGCAUCAUGUUUGAGGUGUUGAUGGAGGUUUUGUUUGGACGGGUGAUGGCCUUGGUCUAUCACCCCCGCCAGCUGCCCGCAGCAAACGCUGCCGUCAAGGGAAAGGUGUAUGUGGUGACAGGAAGCACGAGCGGAAUCGGGCUGGAAACAGCAAAGCGGCUGCUGCUCAGUGGAGGCCGCGUGAUCAUGGCGUGCAGAAACACAAAGAAGGCAGAGGCCCUCUUGCAGGAGUGGGCACAGGAGCACCCUGGCAUCGUUGGAGACGUCUUGUACCUGGAUCUGGGCAGCAUGGCCUCCGUCAGAGAGUUUGCAGAGCAGCUCAAGCAACGCACAGACCACAUUGACUGCCUCAUCCACAACGCAGGCCUCUUCGACAUGGUGUCAGAGUAUCAAACCACAGACGAUGACUUUGAGAUUCAUUUCCAGAUCAACUACAUUGCCCCGCUACUGCUUACCUCGCUUCUCCUCGACACGCUCGCCAAGGCGCCGGCGCCGCGGAUUGUGAAUGUGUCGUCGUUAGCGCACAAGUUUGUGCAGCCAGCACUUGAUGACUGGCAGAGCGAGCGUGAUCACAGCCCACUCAAGGCAUAUGGACGCAGCAAACUGUACCAAGUGAUGAUGACAAAGGAGCUCCAGAACAGGCUGGCAAAACAGCCACAAUACGCCCACAUUAAGGUGUUUGCGGUGCAUCCUGGGACGGUUGUGACGGAUGUGGCGCGGUCGCUGCCGCCUGUUGUUGUGUGGGCGUACAAGAACCUGGCGAGUCUUGUCAUGAUGGACUCCCACACAGGUUCCGACACAACCGUGCACGUGGCAACAGACCCGGCCCUGGACAAGCGAUUUGGAGGCGACUACUUUGCGAAUUGCGUCACGGCCGAGCCGCACGCAGCGGUGCGCGACCAGCAGCUGCGACGCGAUUUGUGGACCAAGACCGAGGACACGCUUGGACGACCCAUCAUCCCGACCAAGCAGACGGGCACUGCUGCAAACGGCCACCACGACGAAGCACAGCAGCAACAGCAGCAACAGCAGCAACAGCAGCAACAGCAGCAAUAGCAGCAGCAGCAGGAAUGUUGGCUGGGGUCCAUUUGGGGACUGGUGUUAGGGAUGUGGUUUGUGGUGGCCGUGUGCUGUGCGUUACGCUAACUCCGUGGUGUAACAUGAUGUGACGGAUGCGAGUGACACUGUGAUGGCGACAUGACGCCCUUUUCAUUUGUUGUGCAAUUUAAUUUCAACCACUGACUGGCAAUAUAACAGUUGACAGCCGUCCAUGGUGAUCGCCUCAAACCAAUGUGGCCUGGAGCUG